AUGACAUCUGAAAAUCGAUCGAAGUUGAGAACAGCCUUCAUCACCGGGGCGAACGGCUACAUCGGCAAUGCCGUCGCCAGAGCGUUUGUCCGCGCGGGCUGGAUCACCUACGGCCUCGUCAGAUCUGAAACAGGUGCUCAUGGUUUAGCCAGUGAGGAGAUACUCCCCGUCAUCGGUGCCAUCGAUGAUGUGAAUUCCCACGACAGAACAUCGGCCCAGUUGCCCCCCACACUCGAUGCCAUCGUGUCCACAACCGAAGAUCACAGCGACUAUGUGCGCCAUUACAACAACAUCGUUAGCCUCCUCCGUGCCGUCAGCUCGGUCAGCUCCAGCAAUGGCCUCAAACCCCUCGUAAUCUUCACCUCUGGCUGCAAGGACUACGGGCUCGGACCUCACUUUGCAAAUGACCCGAACCUGGCUCCGCACACCGAAGAAAGCCCUCUCAACCCACCUGCUUUCGCAAAGCUCCGAGCCGAGUACAGCCAGAAGAUACUCGAGAACCACGAUGCCUUCUCGCCAGUCCUGGUGCGGCCUACCAACGUCCACGGCCGCUCGUCGAGCUUCUAUAGCAUCUUCUUCCAGAUCGCACAGAAGGCUGCCGACGCCGGCAAGGAGCUAUUAUUGACGUCCCAGCCCGACAGCAUCUGCCACUGCAUGCACGUCGACGAUUGUGCCGAUGCCUAUGUGGCCAUAGCGGCACACCCGCGGCGCGCGGAUGUCGAGGGGCAGGUGUUUAACAUCUCGGCGCGGAGGUACGAGACGGUGGACGAGCUCGGCAAGGCUCUCGUCGCGGAAUACAAGAUUACCCAGGGCAUCAGGUAUGUCGAUGCCGCCAGCCUGGCUGCAGAGGAGAAUCCCUGGACGCCGAUGAUUAUCGAUUUUCCACAGUGGACCGGGUCGGAAAAGUUACGGCGGGUGACGGGGUGGACGGACUAUCGCCCUUUGUUCACGGAGGCGUUGCAUGUGUAUCGUUUGGCUUACGAGGCGGCCAAGGAAGCAGGACACGAGAAUGUUGUGAAGGUCAAGCAGCUUGUCGAGUCACUCUUUACCACUGCUCCUGCGCAGGACCUGACGACACAGUAAUAUUGUUCUUCCUUUUCCUGCUUUCAAACAAGUAUGAUAGUCUGCCAUCAAAUUCAAAUAAGUACU